AUGGACUCGGUUACGAAUUUUUUCUGGAAUGAUCCCUACAAUGCUGGCACUGCGGCUAAGUCAACGCCUGAGGGAAGGAAGGUACAAAGUGGCAUAGAGGGGAAAAGCCAGGCGAAAAAGGAUGGUUUAUCCGGUGGUUCUAAGACUGUUGAUCCUAUGCGUGAUAAUCUGCAGGCUUCUAGCAGCCAAACUGCCAAUGGCGGGGGUUUCCCCUCGACGUCGAAUAUACAAAAGAUGAUGACGGAUACCUUGAUAGAAAAGAUAAUCAAGAUGGCAUUGCCGCCAUCUUCUAAGACGGCCGUUAAUACGAUUCAUCAUCGUAUGGUUGCUGGUAAAGAGAGGCCUAAAUUGUCUGUGCAAAUCACAAGUAGGAAUUUCAUACAAAUGAACUCAAGAUUAGGGGUACCAUUCAUGCUUAUGGAUGAGCUUAUAAAGAUUCUGAAUUGGACUAACCCAGCGUACACAGUAUCUAUCAUGUUCUUUUACACUUUUAUUGUCUCGAAACCUUUCCAAAUGCUUUCGUCCAUUCCUAUUUUCUAUCUAUUGUUCGGCGUGAUGGUCCCGCAGUACCUUUAUGUUCAUAAACCAAACCCGACACCGUUUCUAGAUAAUAAUCAAACACCCGCACAGGGCCCACCUUUGCGGAAACCUGAGGUUCCUAAGCCAGUUCCUGAAUUAAGUCAGGAAUUUGUUCUGAAUCUCACGGAUUUACAAAACCAUAUGCUGCUAUAUGUUAAAUUCUAUGACUUUACGUUAUUCUUCCUACAGAAGUUUGCUUUCUUCACCAAUGAGGCAAUCUCGUCGUUUUAUUUUGUUGUAUUACUAAUAUUAGCAACGUUAAACUUUCUGUACAUGGAUAAGUUUAUCAUGCUUAUCCCGAUUAAACCUGCUUUAAUACUUUUUGGGUUGUGUUUUUUCAUUGCCUCACACCCAUCCAAUCGGGAGUAUUUGUUAACUAAACUGAAUUCAGAGGAGACAAGAUUGAAAACGUUGACUAUAACCACUAAUCUGGAAUCUAAGAUCCUGCAGCAUUUGAAGCUCAUUGAGGCCAGGGAACACCGAUUGGUCAUAAUCUUUGAGAUCCAAAAGUACCUUCCUGAAGACAAAGAGUGGCGCUCGAUUGGCUUUUCCGAUGACGACUACUCUCUUUUCUCUAAUUUGAGGAUAUAUGAAAUGCCUGUCGAGGAAUAUUCAGUGAAGUCACUGGAGGAGAUAAAGCCGCCCAAAGAUUGGGAAUGGGACAGGAAUUCUCAUUGGGUGCUUGAUUUGGAUCCCAAGGAAUGGGUGGAAGACGAAUUCAUUCAGUACGUAGAGAUAGAUUCGGAAACAAAAUGGGUCUACGACCUGAAUCUUGAUGGGCAAAGGGGUUCAUAUAGAAGAAGAAUGUGGACCAGUAGCUGUGUUAGGAAAACACUGGAUUCUGACAUCUCUACAGGUCUCUGCGAAGAAGAAGUGAUUAAUCCUUUGAGAGAAGAAACAUAUAGGCAGGGCGUUCAUGGUGUGACGAAGGGUUCGAUGAGUGGCGGUUUAAUCCAUGCCAGUGAUGACGAUUAUGACGAAAAUUCAGAUGACACAACUCCUAACCUGGGCCAUGCCGAUGCUGAUGCAUCGUACCCAUCGAUUGAAGAGCUUACAGACACCCUUAAUGCAACUAUAUAG